ACUCACACAUGCACACAUACACACGCGCGUUGGUGGUUAGAGAGACUGGCUAGCGUCCUGGGACAGAUUUGCCUGAAGGGGGAACAUAGGUGUUAGAGAGAGAAAGAUCAGCUAGUCAAUUGUAUGUUAAUGUACAGAACAGGUAAAUAGAUUAAAGUGAGGUGGGAAAAGACAGGUGGACUAAAAGGAGGGGAAAAGUGCAAGUUGGAUUCAUUCUGCUCUUCGCUCUUUGGUGUCUGCUGUCAUUCAGGUCUUUUUUUAGUGCUUUAUUUUUAUCACAGGACUGCCUUCCCCACACGCCAGCCCGUGUGUAUGUGUGUGCUUUAGACCUCUAUCUGCAAGCCCACUGGAGAGUGUGUAUGUGUGUGUAAGUUUGUCUGUGUGGACACCUUACACCCAGCCAUGGCUGACACAAACCUCAAGUUGGAUCGCAUAGCCCUCACCGAAAUCUCUGACGAUGACGAAGACGUGGCCUUGGUGACAGCGGCCGCCAAAACUUCAGUGACCACCCCAGCCUCCAACCGCAAAAACACAGACGGUGAUGAUGACCGCGAUGACCCUUCCAAAGAAGCGGACCUGGUGCUGGGGCCAGGAUUGGACGGCGGCGGAAGCGAUGAGGUGCAGAGGUCCGAGGCCCAGGCCACAGGCAUGAUGGUCCUGGGUCUUCUGGACAAGAUCAUUGGCGUGGUGGACCAGAUCCAGCAGACCCAGAACAGCCUGGAGAGCCGACAGGAGAACAUGGAGAAGAGCGUGACGGGCAUCCAGAGCGAGCUGACCAAGCUGGCCAAGAGCCAUGUCAGCACGGCCAGCACGGUCAACAAGCUCCUGGACAAGGUGCGCAAGGUGAACAUCAAUGUGAAGAGUGCGCGCACAGACCUGGAGAAGCAGGUGGGCCAGAUCAAGAAGCUGGAGAGCAAUGAGCAUGAGCUGCUCAAGAGGAAGAACUUCAAAGUGCUAAUUUUCCAGGAAAAGCCGCUGAAGAGCACCAAGAAGGCUGUGGCAGCAGGUGAGGAAGGUGAGCAGGUUCUGAGUGAAGGAGGAGAAGAGGAACGAGGAGAUGAAGAGGAGGUGGAGAUUGAGGAAAUUGUGGAGGAAUCGCGGGCGGCGCGCAUCAAACGCAGUGGCCUGCAGCGCGUGGACGAGCUGAAGAAGGCCUUCAGCAAGGAGCAGAUGGAGAAGACCAGGCAGAGAACCAAGGAGAACCUGGAAAAGACCCGUCAGAGAACCAAGGAGAACCUGGAGAAAACGCGCCUGAGGACCAGGGAGAACCUGCAGAAGACCAGGCUGAGCCUGGGCAAGAAGAUGGGCAAGCUGGGGACAAGGAUUACACCCAACACCGAGCGGAAAGAGAAGCUGCGCAUGUCCCGCGACAAGCUGAAGAAAUCUCUCUCGCCAGACCACGCGGCCCACGCGCGCUCUAAAACCACAACUUACCGCGUGCCUCCUUUCACUUUCUAUGUGAAGAAGAUCCGCGAGGGAGAAGUGGAGCUUGAGCCAGAAGCCGAGCCUGAGGAGGAGGAACCAGAGCAAGAGGAGGCCGAGGAGGACCUGGAGGUGCUGGAGGGCCAGCUAGUCAACCUGAGCAGCCCAGAGUUGGAAGUUGUGCUGGAGGAAUCCAGGCUGGUGAUUCAGGAUACGGCACGGGCAGGCGAGAAGGCGAGCCAGUGAAUCCAACGUAGCAGCCCCCGAGAGUGGGGCGAAUAAAAAUGGCCAUGUGACGAAGUCCAGAGAUGAAUAUGAAGAAUAAGUGAAUGUACACCACAGAUAUGUUCGUGAAGAGUCAAAUCGAUGUACGACGACAAGCUGUCUUGACAAUAAUGCAAAAGCAUGUUGGAUUGAAGGACGGACUGAAAUGUUUAUGGGAAAGAAUACUUUUCGUUUUAAUAGUACCACCUAAUCGGUUGUUUUUAAUUGCAGUUUUAUGAAUCUUACACGGUUUACUGUUUUUUUUCCUUCUUCUUCUGUAAUACACCACAUUCUCCUUAUAUAGGUGAUGAGUGACCGGUUUCAAAAUUCUGGAAAGUCAGGUCUCCUUUAGUUAUUGUUGCUAUGCCCAUCAAACCUUUAGGUCAGGCUAUCUGCUAGCAUCCAUAUCACUAGUGCUAAGUGACUAUCCCUGAAAACAUUUUUUUAUUCAAAAAUAAACUGGCUUUACAUGUUCAGUGCAGCCUCGCAUGUUUGAGAAUAGACAAAAUGUGACUAAGAGAUUAAGAUUGUGGAAACCAUGGUUAUAUUAAGCAAACCAGGGUCUCUUAGGGACUGAACAUUAAAGCGGAAGAUUUUCAUGGCUAAUAAGGAAAAAGACUGAGCUAAAAACUGCCAUUUCAGAUAAGCUAAUGCUAAAGCCAACCCUGGAGCUAAACAGAAGAUGCUGAGAAAGACAUGCCUUCAUACGCACGACGUCUUUUAGCAAACUUUAAAGAAACAAUAGAAAUGAUAAUGUGUUUGAAUGCAUUAAUAUCUGACUGAUCACAAAUGCAGGCACUAUACAGUCCUGUUUCGUCUGACUGAUUUAUCAAGCUGUCAACAGCUAAAUUAAGCUGAGCAGCAGAAAAGUUAACGUAGUUAACUAUCUGAUCUUAACAUUGAAUUGUAACAUCAUUUGUCACUAGACAUCACAUUGAAAUGGACAUAAGCUUAAGUUCCCUGAGAGUCAGCAUAAAUCAGCCUGUCAGUAGUGGCAAUGAGUUGUGAGAGAAAUCUUUCACAUAGAUUAAUCUGAAAGAUUCUGCUGGGGGAAUAACAAAACAGACCACCCUCCCAAAGAUCCUCAGUAACACCUAUCUUAGCUUAAUAAUUCAGUGUAGUUUCACUGCAGGCUUGUCUUGUUGAAGUUUUUUCUUUAAUUGAUGGACACGGUCCUGGAUGAGAGCCCGUCAGUCAUUAUUUUGCAAACGGUCACUUGGAUUUAGAGAGGGAUGUUGGAAGAGGAACAGAAAAAGUGCACAGCCCUUUAAGGCUAGAAUCAAUAACCACCGUCCAGGAUGCAUUUUGAACUGGGCAGACCCUAAAGACUAGAGUUGUAACAGUACACAUAGCAUACUAUUUGAUUUCCAAUACUGGGUUCACAAUUUGAUAUUUUCACAAUAUUUUGGGCAAACAUUGUAUUAAUAAAAAUGGGGAGUGGGAGCCAGGAGUGUGUCUCGUGACAUUCAAACAGUGCAGCUGCUUCAGAUGGCAUAUUUAAUAUAAUUCAACUGAUAACACCCGUCUCCACUAGACCUGGGUAUCACUCAGUGUUUUUGAUGCCGAUACCAACACUGAUAGCUUUACUAUGCGUAGUACUUUCCAAUACCUUCUUUUGAAUUACAAGCCAAAAGUGCGUGCAGCUUAAUACAAAAAUGUGUACUAACUGACAACAAUGGACUACAGGAUAUUCAAGAAGAGCAGAUAUUAAUAAUAUGCAUAUGGAAUGUCAUUUUGGAACACGCAUGCUUGUUGGCUCACAAAUACUGGUAGACUGUGAACACGUAGUCGUAGACACUGAAAUUUGGUACUGAAUGACACAGAAUUGUCCAGUACUUUGUAAUAUUGCAGUAAUUCAGUCAGUAUCAUAAAAGUACUGAAUUUUGAUACUUGGCUCUAAUCUCAACCAUGCAUGUUGUCACAUGUUUGCCUUACAGUUUAUAGUGACACUAUGUAUCAUUACACCCAUACCAAGAACUGAUUACGUAGAUAUGUUGCAUUAAUUUACAGAUAAUUGAUAUGGAAAAGUCAGAUUGUAGCACUAAUUUUCAAUAUUUCGCUGAGUGACCUGAGUGGUCAUAUGGUAAGUACUUGCUUCAGCAUUACUGGCAAACAUUUUACGUUUAAAUCUAAGCCCAUUUGUAGCCAUAUUUUCACAGUAAAUUCCCUCUUUCCGCAUGAACUGCAUUGAAAUGCAUUAGCAAUUCAUUUAAGAUCUAAACAAGCUUGAGGAGUUACUGGCACUACAGCCAGUAUGAAUAAACCAGGAACACUUUAAUUUCAGAAUGCUUCAUAUUUUAAUUGUAGUGGACUUAGACCCAACUCUGAAGAUGGCAGACUUGUCUUUUGAAGAAUUCUUUUGUCAACACAAGAAGUGAAUGUAGGUUAAAGCACUUGAGAUGUGGACUCUUAAUUUCCACUCUGCAGAUACGUUCUUCAAGGUUUCAUAACAAAUAAGAGGGUGCAGGUCCUUUGGAACAAAAACAUAACGCUGUGUAUGAAUGUAGAUUGUGAAAAAUGAAAGAGGAAGUGCUGAAAGAUCAGUGCAAAACUACCGAGGAAUAACUAACACAUCCAUUUCUUUUACUUCUCGAUGCUUACUGAAUGACUGUGUGCAUAUGAAUGUUGUGGGUUUUUUUUUUUCUUGUUGAAACUGAAAAUGAUUUGAAGAUCGUUAAAUACAGUAUUUCAGCACUGGGUUGGUUAAAUGGAUGUUGGAUUGUUGGGGUGUCACUGUACAUUUAGCUUCUGUUUGUCACUGAUUUGAGGGAUCUGCUUUAAUUAAUAGAUAUUAAAAUAGCAGCCAUAUAUCUCAAUUGACUGAAUAGAGUGCUGUAGUGGUUACCCUGUACAUAAUAAAUGCAUGUUCGCAGUCA